AUCGAGCACAGUACCAACAAUGGCAACUUCUUCUCCCUCGGCUACGGCGAUCCAGAUGCCUGCACCGACCGCGACCAAGGAAGUCGACGACCACGGCGAGAUAACAGCCGCCGGCACGGCACCGCCAACAGCAACCCCCACAAUGGACAGGGUGAUGUCGAGCGUCACGAACCUUGCGCAGCUCCUGCCGACGGGCACGGUGCUGGCGUACCAGGCGCUGGCCCCGUCCUUCACCAACCACGGCAAGUGCGAGGCCUCCAACCAGUGGCUCACCGUGGUGCUCGUCGCCAUCCUCGUCGUCAUGUGCCUCUUCUUCUCCUUCACCGACAGCCUCGUGGGCCGCCACGGAAAGCUCUACUACGGCGUCGCCACGCCCCGUGGCUUCAACGUGUUCAACUUCCCCGGCGAGGACGAGAACCGGGAGUGGGACAGGGACGAGCUACGGAGUCUCCGCCUCCGGCCGCUGGACUUCGUGCACUCCUUCUUCGCCGCCGUGGUUUUCCUCACGGUGGUGUUCAGCGACGUGGGGCUGCAGAACUGCUUCUUCCCCGACGCAAAUAGGAACACCCAGGAGCUCCUCAAGAACCUGCCGCUGGGCAUGGCGUUUCUGUCCACCUUUGUAUUCACCAUCUUCCCCACCAAAAGGAAGGGCAUUGGAUUCAGCGACAAUACUCCUCGCAGGAAGGUCGAUCAUUCAAUUUAAUCAAGUUCUUUUUCCAGAUUUUUUGAAGAAAAACGAGGAGCUAGGGAAAACAUAGCAGGAACUGGAAACAAUGAAAUGUGUGAUAGAAGUUGUUGAUUGUAUCAAAGGAGAGAAAUAAUCGCGAAGUUUUUGAAGUAUAUAUUUUUCGUACUAUAAGAGAGUGGUUUCCUCCCGGUUUCAU